AUGAGGACUCGCCGCGGCACCGUUCUGCGGCCGCCGGCCAAGCCCGCCGAGGAGGAGGAUGGCGGGGAAGAGGAGCUCGGCGUCCUGGCAGAGGAGGCGGAGGAGGACUUCCAGGAGGCGCAGUUCCAGGCGGUGAUGGCGGCCCUGGAGAGCGGGGAGGAGGCUGGGGACAGCGGGGAGGAGGAGGAGGAGGAAGAAGUGCUGGGGCUGCAGCUGCCCGAGGAGGACAGUGAAGAGGAGGAGGAGGAUGGACUCGGUGAGGAAGAAGGGGAGGAGGAGGUACAAGGAGUGAAUCUUUACGUGGACCAUAGUGCUGAAGAGGAUGUAGGAGAGGAGGAGGAGGAUGGACACGAUGAGGAAGAAGGAGAGGAGGAGGUACAGGGACUAAAUCUUUAUAUGGACCAUAGCGCAGAAGAGGAUAAAGGAGAGGAGGAGGAGGAGGGAGAAGGUGAAGAGGAGGAGGAAAAUGAGCUUGAAGAUGAGGUUGAAGAUGAAGAUGGGGACCUGUCCAUGGAAAGCGACUUGGAGGAGCGCCACCAGGACACCGGCCUCCCCCAUGAGCUCUCCUGGGGCCAACGCAAGCAGCUCUACUACGACACAGACUAUGGGAGCGAUGCCCAGGCCAAAGGCAAGCGUAGGCAGCAAGAAGUUGAUGCUGAGGAGGAGGAAGAGGAACAGGAGGCUCAAGUGAUCCAGAGACGGUUGGUGCAGGAAUUAAGGGAAGAUGAUUACGGGCUGGAUGUGAUCCAGGGUUAUCUGGCUGAGCAGCAGAAAGCCCACGAUAGCAAGGGACAGAAGAUUGACAAAGAUUUGCAGGCCCUUUCCAAGAAGGAGCAACUGAAGCUGCUGAAGCAGGAAUCCCCUGAGCUCCUGCAGCUGAUUGAGGACUUUGAAGUCAAGCUCAUGGAGCUCAAGGACGAACUGCACCCGCUGCUGCAAAUGGUCAAGCAGGGCACUAUCCCGCAAGGGAAAGGCAGUCGCUAUUUGCAGACCAAGUAUCAUCUCUACUUGAAUUACUGUGCCAAUAUCAGUUUCUAUUUGCUUUUGAAAUCCAAGAGGAUGUCGGUUCAUAGUCACCCCGUGAUUGAACGGCUGGUUGCUUAUAGAAACAUAAUCAAUGACUUAGCUGUUAUAGAUCAAAAGUUAUCCUCACAAGUUCGUAUGCUUUUGAAAAACUACUACGACAAGAAGGAAGAUAAAGUACAGAAGGAGAAGAAGUUUGCGGUGUUUCUCCCACUGGAUGUUAAGAAAAACAAACCAAAACGUGCUCCUGUGCUUGCUAAUGGCCAAGCUACUGCUGAGGAACCGUCAGAUGAGUCUGAGCUGGACGAAGAGGCUGCUCUAAAAUACUAUCAGGUGAUGGAGGAGAAGUUGAAACUCAAGAGGAAGAGAACUGAAGACCAAGAGGCGCUUGAAGAAGAAGCUACGUUGGAAGGAGAGGAUCCAAAUAAAAAGAGAGGUGUGACCUACCAGAUGAUCAAGAACAGAGGCCUCACGCCCAAGAGGAGGAAGAUCGAUCGCAACCCCAGGGUCAAGCAUCGGGAGAAGUUUCGGCGAGCCAAGAUUCGCCGCAAGGGCCAGGUGCGUGACGUUCGGAGGGAGCUGCAGAGAUACGCCGGGGAACCGUCUGGCAUUCGCGCAGGAGUUAAGAAGAGCAGGAAGCUUCAGUGAUCCUUGUUUGGCUCCUUUUCUGAGAGCUGCAAGUAGCUCUACUGAAUAUAAUAAAAAUUU